GAUGAGAAGUGGGUAGGUCUCGGAGUGAUGAUCAAUUUAUAUUGCAGACAAGGCUGCUAAUGAAGGGUUCUAUAAGCGCCAAUCAAGUAGAGUCCAAGGGCAAAAAAAAUGCACCGAAGCCGCCAGCAUUGGCAGCAAAGCCUCGGCUGGUGGACGAGAGCGAGAAAAGAAGACGGAAAGCUGCCAGUAUUGGUGUCAAAAAGAUGUUCGCGCUGGGUGGAUCCUUGAUGUGCGCAUACUCGUCUCGUAAGGCCUCACUAGACUCUUUCAACCUCACACCAGCCUUGCGAGGCGUUUCAAGAUCGGCUCAGCAGUUGUUGGCAGCUCUGAUCACGGAGCCUGGCCCAAUGUUGACACGUGCAGAGUUGGAUACCUUGGGGCAUCAAUGAAUUUUAUGAAUGAUCAUAGUGCAGUACUAAUUUUCCUACAAUACAA